AUGGCUAUAGCAAGAUUUGGGGGCCAAGUGAAGCGCUCUUACCAGUCAUAUGGGCUCUAUGCAAAGCUGUCCGUAGUUGUAAUCAUGGGCUUGUGCUUCGUGUUCGUGUGGUCUGUUUUCUCCAGUUUUUCAGUGACCUCCCAAAGGAGCACCUUUGAUGAUAUAGCUGAGAAAGUGCCAGCAUCAAAUACUAAGGUUAGCGGCUCUCAACUGCAUCCUAACCAGAAAGAUCGAGAAAAGGUUCAAGAAAGUGAUGAACAGAGAUUUAACUCUAAUUUGAAUGAAAAAGAGAAAGAAAUCGUUAAUGGGUCUUCUCCAUUGAGAACUAUGAAAAACCCAGAAAAGGUGAGUGAUGAAACUGAGGGGAAAGGUAGUGGUGCCGAUUUGGAAUUAUCGAAAAAAGGGGGUGAAAUAGAUAAAAAUCAAGAAAGUAGAGGAUCUGAGGAGGGUGAAGGUGUUAAAGAGAAGGAAGAUGAUGAAGGGGAUGAAAGAGAAGGUCAAAAUGUGGAUAAUGAGAAAGAUAAUAAUGGGGAAUUGGAUGCUGAUUUGGUGAAUAAGGAAGAUUUGGAUGAAAAUAUUGUUGGUGAGGAUAAUGGAAACUCGAAAAGCACAAAGACAAAGAAGCUUGGCCCGUUGUUCGAGCCGAGGAAGCAGUAUACUUGGAAAUUGUGCAAUACGAGGAGCAAACACAACUACAUUCCGUGCAUAGACAUUGAAAGUGCUGCUGGGAGGUCACAGAGUUAUCGGCACCAUGAGAGGAGCUGUCCUAAAUCGGCUGUGGUUUGUCUCGUUCCUCUUCCUCGUGACGGUUAUGAGACCCCGUUGAAAUGGCCCGAAAGCAAAUUUAAGAUAUUGUACAAAAACGUUGCGCAUCCUAAAUUAGCUGCAUAUGUUAAGACACAAGAUUGGUUGGUACAAUCUAAGGAGUAUAUUACUUUCCCCCACGAUCAGUCUGUACUCAAGGGUGGGGUUCAGCACUAUCUAGAAUCCAUAGAAGAAAUGGCACCGGAUAUCGAGUGGGGAAAGAACAUACGUGUUGUUCUUGAUGUGGGAUGUAAAGACUCGAGCUUUGUGGCUACUCUACUCGAAAAGGAUGUUUUAACUCUCACACUCGCCUUGAAAGAUGACUUAGUGGACUUGGGACAAAUUGCCCUCGAGCGUGGCUUUCCUCUGGUGGUUAGCCCUUUUGCAAGCCGAAGGCUUCCUUUUCCCAGUGGAGUCUUUGAUGCUAUUCACUGUGGUGGCUGCAGUGUCUCUUGGCACUCAAAUGGCGGUAAGCUUAUUCUCGAAAUGAAUAGAAUAUUGAGGCCCGGUGGGUAUUUCAUCUUCUCAACUAAGCAUAACAGUAUCGAAGCUGAAGAAGCAUUCUCCAAGCUGACUUCAUCGAUUUGUUGGAACAUCCUGGCUGAUAAAACUGAUGAGUUAAGUGAUGUUGGUGUGAAGAUAUAUCAAAAGCCCGAAAAAAACGAAAUAUAUGAACUAAGACGAAAAAGGGACCCACCUCUCUGUAAAGAGAAUGAGAACCCAGAUGCUGCCUGGUAUGUUCAGUUGAAAACAUGCAUUCAUCCGAUACCCGAAGCCAUCGAGCAACGUGGGACCGAGUGGCCUGCAGAAUGGCCAAAGAGGCUUUACACAUUCCCCGACUGGAUGAGCAAUAACCGAGAGAAAUUGAUUGCUGAUAGUGAUCACUGGAAAGCUAUUGUGAACAACUCGUAUCUAAUAGGAAUAGGCAUUGAUUGGUCAACGAUCAGGAAUGUAAUGGACAUGAAAGCCAUAGAUGGAGGAUUUGCAGCUGCACUUUCCGAGCAGAAAAUCUGGGUUAUGAACGUUGUUCCUGUUCAUGCGCCCGACACGCUUCCCAUAAUUUUCGAGCGUGGGCUUAUUGGUGUUUACCAUGACUGGUGUGAACCUUUCGGUACAUAUCCAAGAACUUACGACCUUUUGCAUGCAGAUCAUCUCUUCUCAAGGCUUAAGAACAGAUGUAAGCAGCCCAUUGUAGUGAUUGUUGAGAUGGACCGCAUAUUAAGGCCCGGCGGAUGGGCAAUUAUUCGCGACAAAGUAGAAAUUCUUAAUCCUCUCGAAGAAAUUCUGAAAAGCCUCCAUUGGGAGAUUCGGAUGACAUUCUCACAAAAUCAAGAAGGUAUACUCUGCGCCAGAAAAACCAUCCUGCUUUGGGAGGACGACGAACAACACCGUCGCGAUGGCAGGCUUGUGGAUGACGACAGGCCCCGUCGUGGUGGGCGGCGCGGCGAUGGGUUUGACGGGGUUGACCAGCGGCAGCGCGGGUGGGGUCCUGACGACGGCGGCCUAGGGUUUUACGAUGGCGGACAGCAACGCCGCGACGGAUGGAUGGACCGAGAUGGCGCUGGACUCGACGGCGUUCACUUCCACCGGCGCGCUUGGGGCGAUGGACCGACCGGCCGAGAGUUCCAGGGCGGCGGACAUCAGCUUCAUGAUUUGGACCGCGGCGACGCCGGCCAGGGGCUGUACAUGCCAGACAUCGACGGCAUUGUUUCUUGCUCGAGAUGGGCCGCGUGGAGACUUGUUUGGCGCAGUGCUCGGUAG